AUUGGACACCUCAGACGCCACCUCAGUUGAUUGACAGGUCUCUGCACGUCAAGGUUAAAGUAGCGUCUGUGGAAAGACAAACACGGGAGGCAGAAUAAACGUCUUUCAAAACACGAAUGGAUCGUGAGGACCUACUUUAACUACAUCACUCUGAAAUGAGAACUGGCCAGCCUUGUGGACUGAGAGUCAUCAACAGGCAUCCUUGGUUAGAGUGGAGGGACAGAAAGUUCAUUCCUGAGUGACGGAGUCUAGUUCUGGAGGUGGAGUAGCUGUGACAGAGACACCACUCAUCCUAUUACAAGACACUGAACCGUCAACAUGAAGUCGAAGCUGCUAUUUAAGGUGUUCAGGCUACUGUGUCCUGCAAGGAUUUUGGUGUUGGGACAUCCACUGCAGACCCUUUCCGUUUUUCCUCAACACCUGUAAAGAGACCCUCAAAAAGACCUCGUCUGGAGCUUGAAGAGGAGCUGGAGGACGAUCCAUUAGAGGGCAGCUCUUCAGUGGCAGCUUCAAAGGGGCAGGAUCCCACCUAUGAUCCUGCAGAGUCUGUCACAGCGCUGUCAGAGUCAACACUUUAGUCACAAGAAUCAUCCGCUCCCACCCACAAGAUCAGAAAAUCCAUAGUCCAUUCCUGUCCGUGGAGCAGCGAUGCCUCCAUUGUGAUUUCUACACACACUGGAAUAGCCGGCCUAUUCAUGGGAGCACACCAGCUGGGAACCUCCACCUUUCGGCAGCUGGGUACCUGAGAGGUGCAUCCUUGAAAAUUGCACGGGUCUUCAAGGCAAUGGAGCUGCAACUUUUUCAGUACAACACAUUUCGCCGGCAUGCCAGAUCUUUCAUUGAACCUGCAGUCAUUCACCAGCGGAAAACAUUACAGGAUGUGAUGCUGCAGCGGCUCAGUCAGGAGAGCAAAGUUCUAGUUGGUGGCGACAUGAGAGCCGACUCUCCAGAGCAAUGAGGCUGGUGGUAGUUACCACAUGGAAAAAGAGGGCCUGAGGAGGAGUCUGGCACUGCUGGAAGAACGUGGCAUUAAUCUUGACCGCAUUGUUACCAGCCGUCAUCCACAAAUUCAAAAGUUCCUCAGGGAGAGAAACAUCACCCACUACUAUGAUGUGUGGCACAUGGCAAAAGAAAAGCUGUUGGCCAACAAAAGAACUGUGAAGGAUGUGGCAAAACUGAGCCCUCACCACCAGACUUCAUCUGUGGAGGCAUUCCAUAGUGUGAUCCUUCGCUUUGCCCCAAAGAAUGUUGUUUUUCCCUUUAUUGUAAUGCUGUGCAGACUGUACCUGGCUGCCAUGUAUUACAAUGAAAAUGCAGACAGACCACAGGCCAAAACCCAGGAAGGUGUACCUCUCUACAAGGUCUACUUUCCAAAGGCUAUGAGGGGACAGUGCAGAGCCAAAGCCCACAAGACAGAGCCAACACUCCGGUAUGUUGCUGACAUGAUGGACCUCAUAUUUGCCAGAGUCUUGGUGGACCCUACACCAUACACAGACGCGAUGUUGGCCAUCCCAGUCCCAGAGGAUUUGACCGCCCGGUAUGAACAUCCUGACAAGGAGGAGGUCAUUGCCAGUUAUGUGUCCAGGUUCAACCGAGGGCCAGUCUAAAUCCAACGUUGUGGCCUUCGGCAUCAGGAAACUCUCUGCGGAUGCGUAGGACCACACAAACUGGAAUGACUACCCGGAUUCUGCGUCCCAGGCAGCCCCAGCACCAGCUCACAAAACUGCCGUAUGGUAGAUACCUGUAACGACUAUGAACAAUGGACACAAUGUUUAGUCUUGCAGAAAUGUAUUUAAACUGUGUAUUAGAAUUUUUCUAAUGUUGAUUGCCUGAUAGGUUUGCCCUGUGUUUAAAUCAUUGUUUAAUUAUUGUUUUGGGGUGCAUUGUUGCAUGUAAAUAAAUGCUUGUGUGUGUCUACAGAAAUGACCCGUCUGAAUACAUAAAAAAAUAUGCACAAUAUCUGUUUAUGAAAACUAUACAAAGGAAGAAAUAGCAAAUCCAGUAUAUUAAACUGUACUUAAAUGUGUCAUGUGUUACUGCAGUUGCAAAAUUAUGCCUGCUGAAGGAAAACAAGCGAUGAUAACAUC